AUCUAAGCAACAUGAUAUCGACGCUAGUCAUCUUCAACCAGAAGGGUGACAUUCUUAUACUACGGCAGUACAGGGGCAACGUCUCGCGCUCGGAAGUCCAGGCCUUUGGCAAUAGAGUAAUCGCGACCAAGGAGACCAGAGAGAGGGGCCCGGUGGUCACUGUAGGGUCGGCUCAUUUCGUUAAUGUCACAUUUGGUGACAUCACACUGGUUGCGGCUACGAAGGACAACGCGAACUGCGCACUGAUUGUGAAGUUCCUGUACAAGUUCGUAGAUCUCUUGAGGGCUUAUCUCGGUGGAGGUACCUUGGAUGAGAACCAAAUACGGAAGAACUUCGUCCUCAUCUACGAACUUCUAGACGAGGUACUAGACUAUGGAUAUCCACAAAUCAUGGAAGCGGACAUUCUUAAAAAAUAUAUUACACAAGGCUCGGCUAAGAAUGUCGUUGAUCUGAACGACACAGAACAGCUCAAGAAGAUUACCGUGGCAGCAACAGGGGCGACUAGCUGGCGGGCUGAAGGCAUCAAAUAUAAGAAGAAUGAGGUGUACAUUGAUGUUGUGGAGUCGGUGAACUGUCUAGUCUCAAGUCGAGGAACGUUGCUCAGAGCUGAUGUUCAAGGCCAGGUCAUGGUCAAGUGUCAACUGUCCGGCACUCCGGAGUGCAAGUUCGGUAUGAACGACAAGCUGGUGAUGAAUCACGAUGGGCAAUCAUAUGGUGCGGCGGCAGUCACUGGCGGCCCAUCUAAUGACAGGGGCAUUGCAUUAGAUGACGUCAGGUUUCACCAGUGUGUCCGGCUCUCUAAAUUUGACACUGAGCGGGCCAUUACCUUCAUCCCUCCCGAUGGUGUGUUCGAGCUGAUGAGCUACAGGAUCACGGAGAAUAUUUCUUGCCCUUUCAAAAUCACGCCUGUCGUCAUCGAGCGUGGUCGCAAUAAAAUCGAAGUCAAUUUGAAGUUGAAGGCAGUUUUUGACAAGAGUAUAUUCGCCACUAAUGUCGUGGUGAAAAUACCCGUACCGAAGAAUGCGGCUACGGCAAACAUCCGGCAGUGUACAAUGGGCAAGACCAAAUACGAGGCUACAGAGGAUGCCUUGAUGUGGCGAAUAAAGAAGUUCCCGGGAAUGGUUGAGGCGACCCUAUUGGCUGAGGUUGAUCUCGUAUCGACGGUAGAGGAAAAGCCGUGGUCGAAGCCGCCAAUCUCGUUGGACUUUGUGGUCCCGAUGUUCACAGCGAGUGGUUUGCGAGUCCGCUUCCUUCGGGUUCAAGAGAAGAGUAAUUACAAGCCAGUGAAGUGGAUACGGUACAUAACGAAAGCUGGUCAGUACGAGUAUCGUAUAUAGGCAAGAAUGCUGAUGUAACCACUGAAGGAUGUUUCGCUCGGCCUUUGCUGUCACCAUUGCCAUUGUUUGCAUUCAAAGGGUGCAUCCGUCAGGAUGAGGUGCGGACCAC